CUUCCGGAGGCGAUUCUCCAUCUCUGUUGCUGCCCAGUGGCAGCUUGCGGGCGGUGCCGGUGGGUAGGGGCCCGCGGAGAGCUCACUUCCUGGAGGUCGUAGGACGGAGCUGCUGCUGGCCGCGCCGGCGGCUGUUUACUGUGUGGCUGCCCCGUGCGGCGGGGAAAGGCGUUCUUUAAAACUUCAAGAUGAGCCCAACACAAUGGGACUUCCCUGUGGAACUAUGUUGUCGGCCUAUGGCCUUUGUAACCCUCACUGGCUUGGAUGUAGUAUAUAAUGCUGUUCAUCGUGCGGUUUGGGAUGCCUUUUGUGCAAACAGGAGAGCUGACCGAGUACCAAUUUCUUUCAAAGUUCUUCCUGGUGACCAUGAGUAUCCCAAAUGCAGAACAAAGAGAACAUCCUAUGAGUGGUACAUUCCAAAAGGGAUAUUGAAGACUGGCUGGAUGAAUAAACAUCUGAAUCUGGUGCCAGCUCUUGUUGUGGUGUUCUAUGAACUGGACUGGGAUGAGCAACAGUGGAAAGAAAAACAGUCAGAAUGUGCUACCAGAGUUGAAAUUGUCAGACAAAGUUUGCAGGGAAGAAACACAAAAGUUGCUGUGGUUUUGAUUCAAAAGAAAACACCCUUACCUCCAGGGGAAGAUGUUAUUGCUUCAGAAAGAGCAGCAGCUUUAUGUAAUGCUUGUGACCUCUCUGGAAAAUCCUUGUUUGUGCUGCCACACACUGAUCAUCUGGUUGGUUACAUUAUAAGAUUAGAGAAUGCUUUUUAUGAGCAUGCACAGACCUACUACUAUACAGAAAUAAGAAGGGUAAAAUCUCAUAAAGAAUUCUUGAAUAAAACAACACAUCAGCUUUUAUUUGUGAGACAUCAGUUCAAAAUAGCAUUUUUCAGUGAGCUGAAACAGGAUACACAGAAUGCUCUAAAAAAUUACAGAACUGCAUAUAAUCUUGUACAUGAAUUGAGGGCACAUGAAACGAACAUGUUGGAAAUCAAGACCAUGGCAGGAUUUAUAAACUACAAGAUUUGUCGCCUCUGUUUUCAGCAUAACACCCCAUUGGAUGCAAUUGCUCAGUUCAGGAAGCACAUUGACUUGUGCAAGAAAAAAAUAGGCAGUGCAGAGUUGGCUUUUGAGCAUGCUGCCUGGAUGUCUAAACAAUUUCAGGCCUUUGGAGACUUGUUUGAUGAGGCUAUCAAACUAGGCUUGACAGCAAUUCAGACUCAGAAUCCAGGUUUCUAUUACCAGCAGGCAGCAUACUAUGCACAGGAACGGAAGCAACUAGCCAACGUACUCUGUAACCAUGACUCUUCUGUCAGCUAUCCCAAUCCGGAUCCACUGGAAACUCAAACUGGAGUGCUUGACUUUUAUGGACAGAGAUCAUGGCGUCAGGGAAUACUAAGCUUUGAUCUUUCUGAUCCAGAAAAAGAGAAGGUGGGAAUUCUAGCCCUGCAACUAAAAGAGAAAAAUGUUCCUCACUCUGAGCUAAUAAUCACUUUGCUGAGUAAUGCUGUAGCACAGUUCAAGAAAUACAAAUGUCCAAGGAUGAAGAGUCACUUAAUGGUUCAGAUGGGUGAAGAAUAUUAUUAUGCUAAAGAUUACACCAAAGCUCUGAAGCUGUUAGAUUAUGUCAUGUGUGAAUACCGUAGUGAAGGAUGGUGGACUCUCCUUACUUCCAUAUUGACCACAGCUCUCAAAUGUUCUUACCUCAUGGCACACUUAAAAGAUUACAUUACUUACUCUCUAGAGCUGUUGGGUAGAGCAUCCACUUUAAAAGAGGACCAAAAGUCUCGGAUAGAAAAGAACCUGAUUAAAGUUCUUAUGAAUGAGAGCCCAGAUCCAGAACCUGAUUGUGAUGCUUCUGCUGUGAAAGCUUCACAGAAGCUGUGGACUGACCGCGUUUCCCUAGCAGGCAGCAAUAUUUUUACAAUAGAAGUUCAAGAUUUUGUACCUUUUGUGCAAUGCAAAGCAAAGUUUCUUGCUCCAAGUUUUCACGUUGAUGUUCCUGUUGAGUUCGAUAUUUACUUGAAAGCUGAUUGUCCUCAUCCAAUCAGGUUUUCUAAACUAUGUGUCGGCUUCAAUAACCAGGAAUACAAUCAGUACUGUGUGGUAGAAGAAGCAUAUCAGAAAAGUGACAUUCUGGAAUAUUCAUCCCAGGGACCAGUGUGCCUAGUCCCUGGUAAAACAAGAAAGUUCACUUUCAAAUUUGUUGCAAAAAGUGAAGAUGUGGGAAAGAAGGUUGAGAUCACCUCUGUGGAUUUAAUCCUGGGCACCGAAACUGGCAGAUGCGUGAUUCUGAAUUGGCGUGGAGGAGGAGGGGAUGCUGCUUCAUCUCAAGAAGCGUUGCAGGCAGUUCGCUCCUUCAAACGGCAACCUAAACUUCCAGAUAAUGAGGUUCAUUGGGACAGCCUGACUAUUCAGGCAAACGCUAUGAUAAUUUCUAGAGUGCCAAAUAUUUCUGUUCUUCUCCAGCAUGAACCUCCUGCCCUGACUAAUGAAAUGUAUUGUUUGAUUGUGACAGUCCAGUCACAUGAGAAGACAGUUGCCAAAGAUGUGAAGCUCACGGCAGGUUUAAAACCAGGGCAAGAUGCCAAUCUGACUCAGAAAACUCAUGUGACCCUUAAUGGAACAGAAAUCUGUGACGAUUCUUAUCCUGCAUUACUUCCUGAUAUCCCUGUAGGAGAUUUACAGCCAGGAGAAAAGCUGGAAAAAGCAGUAUACAUUCGUUGUGGAACAGUUGGUACCAGGAUGUUUCUGGUCUAUGUUUCCUAUUUAAUCAGUGCUACUGUUGAAGACAAAGAGAUAAUCUGCAGGUGUCACAGGGAUGAAACUGUAACUAUAGAAACUGUAUUGCCCUUUGAUGUUGCUGUUAAAUUUGUUUCUUCAAAGUUUGAACACUUAGACAGAGUCUUUGCAGACAUACCCUUUUUACUGAUGACAGACAUUCUGAGUGCUUCACCUUGGGCUCUCACUAUUAUAACUAGCCAGCUACAACUUUCAGCUUCCAUGGUACCAGUAGACCAACUGGAAUCUUAUGUGGAGAAUGGGUCACUCAUCCCAGGGACUUCUGGUGCUCCUGGCAGCUUCCCAAUCUUAGGCCAUGUCUGUACUACAAACUUACGUUGACACAAGUUACGUCAGUAUAAAGCUCCUGCAGUUAGUGUGUUGCUUGUGUGUAUGUAUGCUUGGCUUGUUGUGUCAGCGGUGCGCGUACUCACCAGGUGUUCUUGUAUCAAUGCACAGUGUAGUGCAUCAUGGAUAGGUAUCCUCGUAUGCAACCUGCAACCCUCUAGCACGCAGUCUUUUGGGAAGUCUUCUCAAUGCAUGGUGGGGCUGAAAGGAGUUGCACUGGGGAGACUGGGAGCAUGGGGUCAAAUUCCCAGUUUGCAACUGUCUCCAUCCCCCUAUUGUCGUCUGUAUCCCAUAAUUUUAAUAGUUUUUUUUUUUCAAAAUCCCACACACCCGUCGGGCCCCCCUCGCUCUCUAUUGCCAACAGAAGCAUGGAGCUUGCAUGGCUCUUCACUAUUGUCAUGAGCAUUGAAACACAGGGCACGUGAUCCUGCAGUAUUUGCAGAGCUGCAAGAAGAACUGAAUCAGUGGGGAACAUAAUGAUUUCUUGUAGGACAGAUUGCUGUAGGACAUAGCAAGAACCAACUCAAGGUUGUUGGUGGCAUUCACAGAGAAGUUGCAGAUAAUGAAACGCCACUUCUGGGCCUCAGAAACAAGCACUGACUAGUGAGAUUGCAUCGUCAUGCAGGCUUGGGAUGACGAGCAAUGGCUGCAGAAAUUUCGGAUGCUUAUGGCAACAUUCAUGGAUCUAUGGGCUGAGCUUGCCUCACCCCUCCAGGGGAGGGACCGAAAAUAAGGAUCUGUGCUGACAGUGGAGAAGGGAGUGGUGAUUUUGCACUGUGGAAACUUGAAACACCAGACUGAUUCUAGACUGACCAGUAGCAAUUUGGAGUCGUGAAAUCCACUGUGGGUGCCACUGUCAUGCAAGUGUGCAGGGCCAGUAAUCACCUCCUACAUGGGACUGUGAUCCUCAGCAAUGUAAAGGACAUAGUGGAUAGAUUUGCAGCAGUUGGGUUCACAAACUGCGGUGGAGCAAUAGAUGGCAUGCAUAUCUCUAUUUUGGCACAAAAUUACCUUGCCACAGAAUAUAUCAAUAUACAGGGCUACUUUUCUGUGGUUAUGCAAGCAUUGGUGGAUCUCCAGAGACACUUCACCACGUCCGUGUGGGCUGGUCUGGUGCAUGAGGCUCACAUCUUUAAGAACACAGGACUGUUCAGAAAGCUGCAAGGAGGAACUUUUUCUCAACUGGCAGAUUACUGUUGGGAAUGUUGAAAUGCCAGGAUCACUAUUGGCAUUUCAACAUUCCCAGCAGUAAUCUGUAGCCUACCUGUUGCUCACCUGGCUUGUAAAGCCAUACACCAACCACCUUGACAGCACCAAGGAACAAUUCAACUACCAGCUCAGCAGGUGCAGAAUGACAGUUGAAUGUUCUUUUGGACGACUGAUGGGAUGCUGGCAUUGUUUAUGCACGAGAUUGGACCUCAGGGAGAAAAAUAUCCCAAUCGUAAUAGCCGCCUGCUGUGUCCUGCAUAAUAUUUGUGAAGCCAAGGGGGAAACCUUUCCACGGGUUGGAGGUUUCUUGGGCAGUAGAGUUCACAAUGGUGACAAAGCAGUCAGCGUGGGGCAUGGUGGGAAAGCUGCUGGAGGACUGUUUGGGUCGACAUAGGUAAUGCAGUGUCUGUGUGCUGUGUUGACCUCUGUACGUUAACCUUGGCGCAAUGCUGCUCGGAGGUUGUGUUACUAUGUUGGCAUAAGAGGCCACUUACCUCAGUGGGAGACAAAUUUAAGUGUAGAGACAUGCACAAGUAGGUUGAUGCAAGGCAGCUUACCUCAUCCUAAGUUUGUAGAAUAGACCAGGCUUUAGUUAGCUCUGCUCCCUUCCUGGAGCUUUCCAGAACACCUGGUCUCUUGCACCAGGGACCCACCACCAGAGUUACCUCCACUCCACUGUGGCUUCCCUUUUCCAGGCACAGCCUGUCUCCGUCACUCUUUCCUCCCCCUCUCAUUUCCUGCCUUUCAUAGGUCCAGGUGUAACCCAGCCCCUUUUAAUUGGCUGGAUUGGGCUCACUUGCUCUACACAGGGGCACUGGGCCCAGCUCUACUCACAGUGCCCAAGGACCAUGUGACAGGCCCCGUUACUGUGCUGACUGAGCACCUCAUUAUCUCUAAUGUUUUCGUGUACAGUUUGUGAAUUAAUUGGGGAUCCCUCAGACUGUAUAUAUUGCAUAUAUACAACACCUUUAUUCCUAAAAUUUAUAUAUAAUCUGUAUGUAUUACUAACUUUAGUUUUUUAGAUCUGGAUGGUUUCUGUGCUAAUAUUCAGUGUGUCUUUUACUUUAAAAUUAAACAGAAUAUUGCUGAUAGUUGUUUUGCAGACAGGCGAGAGUGCUAGUGAAUGCUUUUGCCUUCGGUGUCCAUCAGUUACUAAUGUUCAAGGUGGAGUGGCUACCGGACGUUAUGUAAUCUCCUGGAAGAGGUAGGGAUUCCUUGUCUGGUUUUUAAAGCAGUUCAUGACUUUUUUCUUAGGGUCUGGGUAGUCGGGAGGAUAUAUUUUGCUUUUUCUUCUUCCCUUACUAAUCCUCACAGUGGAAUCAUCUUGGGUGAAAGCGGUAGGAACCAUUUUUUAAAAUGUGCGUACUGCUGAAAUUGCAUCCAAAUGGUGAUAUUUACAUUUUUAUUAAGUUUUCAACUGUCUGAUCUCUUACACUAAUUCUUAAGUUUUCUAAAGCCAAAGAGUACUUCACAUGUGGGGAGGGGAGGAAGAAAGACAAGUUAAAGAACACUUCAGCUGUAUAAAAAGUACUGUUUUAAAUGGUCAAACCAAAAAAAAUAAAUGAACCUAAUAUUUUUUCCACCUCAAUCAGCUUUCUGUAUGUGGGUUUGUUUUUAGAGCAGACAUUGUAAAGUACAUCUGUCUUCUCUAGAUUUUAACAUGUUUUUACAAGAUUAUUGUAAUAAAAACAUUCAUAUAACACUUUUCUCCUUUUUGAACUGUUGGGAUUGCUGUAAAUAUUGCUUGUUUGCUGCUUGAUCCCAAUAUUCUGUUGGCGUAGUCAAGAAUAUAAAUGCAGUCUACAUGUGGUGUUUUCUU